GGUCUUCAUACAUGCUUGGAAGAGCCAUGACUUCUGCGUUGUGGGGAAUAAUUGCUGAUAGAUAUGGUCGAAAACCUGUCAUUAUAAUAGGCUGUGCCACUGUGGUUGUUUUCAACACUCUGUUUGGGCUUAGUAUAAAUUAUUGGAUGGCCAUUACAACCAGGUUUCUCCUUGGAAGUUUGAAUGGCUUACUUGGACCAAUAAAGGCAUAUGCAUGUGAAACAGUUUCUGAAGAAUACCAAUCUCUUGCAUUGUCUGUGGUGAGUGCAUCAUGGGGCACAGGGUUAGUUAUUGGAUCAGCUUUGGGAGGCUUUCUUGCUCAGCCUGCAGACAAAUACCCUGGAAUAUUCACACAAGAUUCUAUUUUUGCAAGAUUCCCAUAUUUGCUGCCCUGUCUCAUAAUCUCAACAUUUGCAGCCAUUGUAACCAUUGCUUGUUUCUGGAUCCCGGAAAGCCUACACACUCACAAGCAAAAGAAAAGUGAUGUUUUGGAGGAAAGAAAAAAGAGCCUCUUCAAAAACUGGCCACUUAUGUCAUCCAUCAUUGUGUAUUGCAUUUUCAACCUUCAUGAUAUGGCUUACACUGAGAUAUUCUCGCUGUGGGCCGAGAGCCACACAAGAAUUGGCGGCCUCGGAUACACAACCAAGGAUGUUGGAACAGUUCUCACAAUCUCAGGCUUAGGCCUUCUCAUCUUCCAAUCUUCACUCUAUCCGGUAGUGGAGCAAAUCAUGGGCCCCGUCCUGGUUUCCCGAGUUCUAGGAAUGAUUUCAAUUCCUCUGUUAACAAGUUACCACUACAUAGCCAUGCUGUCCGGGAUCACGCUGGCCGUAGUGUUGAAUGCCGCGUCUCUACUGAAGAAUGUCCUCUCGAUCUCAAUUGACACGGGGCUUUUCAUACUACAGAAUAGAGCAGUGGACCAAGACCAGAGAGGAGCAGCAAAUGGUGUAGCCAUGACACUCAUGUCAUUCUUCAAAGCCUUUGGUUCAGCAGGGGGAGGAGCCUUAUUUUCUUGGGCUGAAAAACGUCAAGGUGCUGUUUUUCUUCCAGGAGAUCAAAUGGUAUUCUUAAUCCUCAAUGUGAUUGAGGCGAUUGCAGUUCUGCUAACAUUCAAGCCAUUUUUGGUGGAACGGACCAGAUGAGAGUC